AUGGGAUGCCUGGAUGAGUGUGUUGGAGCCAUUAGAGGUGGCUUCAGGGAACUGGGCCCUGGGCCCAGGUCUACCCACAGCCCCACAGAGAUGGAAGGGAGCCCUGAGGUGAAGAGAGGCAGCAAUGGCCAGCUGGGGAAUGGCUACGGAGCGCGGCGGCGGGCAUCUGCCAUUGGCCGGGCCGGUCGGAGUGCGGCGCGUGGCCACCUCCAGAGGUACGAGGUCACGGCGGGCGGCGCGCUCGGGGGCCUUGAGGUCGCGGCCGCAGCCAAGCUGGCGGCACGGCUGCCCCGCUCCAGCUCGCACCCGGGGCUCGCCCGCGCCCGCGCCCACUCGCGACUGGGCCGGGCCCGCUCUACGCUGCCGCCAACCCCGCUACCCGCGCCGUCCCUGCCGCACCCGCCGUUGCCCGGCCUGCCGCCCGGCCUGAGCCCCGGGCCGUCGCCGCCCUCCACGCUCGCCCUGGCUGAGCUGCCGCCGCUGCCCGCGCUCCCGCUGCGGCCCGAGCCGCUGCUGCCCUGGGGCCCCAGCGCGUACCUGGCGCUACCCGAGCUCCCGCCCGAAGCCUGCGCACCCGCCCCGCCCCCCGCCGCGCUCGCACUGCAGGACCUGCCGCGCCUACCUGCUCCCGCGCCACCGGCCGCGCACCUGCCGCUGCCUCCGCUGCCCGAGGCCGCCGCCGCCGCCGCCCCCGGGCCCGUGGGCGCGCGCGGCCUCCCGCCCCUGCUCUCCGAGCCGCCCCCGCGGCCGCUACCUCCGCUGCCAACGCGACCCUCGCCUUUCAGCCUACUGGCGCCCCCCGCGACCCGCGACACGUGGCCGCUGCCCGCCUUCCCCUCGCCCCCGCCGCUGCAUUUUUUCUUGUCGCCGCCCUUCUGACCCGGCCCCUCCCGCGGCGGGUGGCCUGAGCUCAGGUAAUCAGGCAGAAGUUCUAUCUCAGUGGGCUCCACUCCAGCAGCCCAGGAUUGGUAUCAGGAAGCCAACCUUGACCCUAGGGGACCUCAGAGAGCCCGAGACCCACCAUCAAGAAGGGCAGUGUACUAGUUCUUUGUGACUGCUGUAACAAAUUUAUACACAGAGUGACUUCAAACAACAGAAAUUUAUUCUUUACAGUUCUGGAGGCCAGAAGUCAAAAAUCAAGGUGUGGGCAGGACCCUGUUCCCUUCACAGGUGCUAGGGGAGGAUGCCUCCCGCCUCUCCCAGCUCCCGCUGGCUCCAGGCCCUCUGUGGCUUGUGGCCGCAUCACAGGAGUUCCUGCCUCCAUCUUCACAUGGCCUUCUUCCCAUGUCUGUCUCCAAUCUCCCUCUGUUUUUAUCUUGUAAGAGGUUGGAUUGUUGUUGAAUGUAGGGGCUGCCUGAAAUCUAGGAUAACCUCAUUUUGAUAUCCUUAGUUUAAUUACAUGUGCAAAGGCCCUUUUAUCAAGUGAGGUCACAUUCACAGAUUCCAGGGCUUAGUGGGUGGAAGUAUCGUUUUGCCUGCCCCCGUCCAAUCUGGACAGGCAGUGUCCUCUCGCCUGUGGGGCUUGCCUAUCUUUCCAGCUGUCUUCCCAAAACGUAAUUUUUUUUUUUUUUUUUUUGAGACGGAGUCUUGCUUUGUCCCCCAGACUGGGGUGCAGU